GAAACUGGAAAGCAAUCAAAGUUUUUUGUCCAUGUUUUCGAUUUUCACAAAUUUAAUCUUUUCAUUAAAUAGUUCUUCAUUAUUUACUUAAUUUUAUUUUAGUAUAAUUAUAAAUUCAUAACAAUUGUAGAGUUAAGAUGAUCAAAGCUAUAUUAGUGUUUAAUAACCAUGGAAAACCGAGAUUAUCAAAAUUCUAUCAGUAUUUCAACGAGGAUAUGCAACAACAGAUAAUAAAGGAGACGUUUCAACUGGUCUCAAAGAGAGAUGACAACGUCUGCAAUUUCUUAGAGGGUGGAAGUCUUAUCGGGGGUUCAGACUACAAAUUGAUAUACAGACACUAUGCAACACUGUAUUUUGUGUUCUGUGUUGACUCGUCGGAGAGUGAACUCGGCAUUUUAGAUUUGAUUCAGGUAUUCGUCGAGACAUUGGACAAAUGUUUUGAAAAUGUCUGCGAGUUGGAUUUGAUAUUUCAUGCUGACGCCGCUCAUCAGGUGUUGGAUGAACUGGUUAUGGGCGGAAUGGUGUUACAGACGAACAUGGCGGAUAUAUUGUGCAGAUUGCAGGAGCAGAAUAAGAUGCAGAAGGCUGAGGCGGGAAUCUCGGCGGCACCGGCCAGGGCCGUGUCAGCUGUCAAAAGCAUGAAUUUACCACAACAGUUGAGGGAUAUGAAAUUGCCAGAUCUACCCCAGGCCAUCAAGGAUUUGAAGUUCUGACCUAUGCAGCAGGCGUAUUCCAACACGCCGGUUGCCAUAGCAACGAAUAUUUUAACAUCGAUCUACCCGCAAAACGACAAAUAUCAAAAUAUUCAACAGGACUUCAAACUUUUUGGAUCGGAAUCACUAAGUAACCGAUUUUCGGAGACGUUUUCCGAAAAUUAUCAACAGACGGAUGGACUAAAUUUUCCGAAUUAUGAAAGUAAUAGUAUGGCUUAUCAAGACUUAAGAGGGAGAUCGUUUGAGAAGAAAAAGAAGAAGAAGAAAAGUAAACGUUAAUGUGCGAACUACCCUCAUUUAGUAUCAUUGUAUUAACUUUAUUCCCUUUAUGUUGUUGUACCUUCAUUCCAUGUUAAAAAUAAAUAAAGUUGAUUCAGAAAGUCUGACUUUAAAACCUUUUUGUGAACUACCCAUAUUUUUGCUUUUAAACUAACAUUUUUCUUUGCAAGCUUGACGAUAAAUGUGGGUACACAAAUGAUAGAUAUAUUUUUUAACUAGGUACUCACAAAACAUUUUUAAAUACAAUUAUUUACGGUUACGUCAAAUAUAGAAAAAGGAUUUAAAUCGAAGAACAACUCUUAACCAUCCAAAUAAUGUUUGUUGAUAACAAAGUCUACCUUCAAAUACGUUUAAAAAAUAUAUUUUAUAUGCAAGGUU